AGUUUCUUUAAUAGCAGAAUAUCAUUCAGCUGUCUCUUGAAGUUCUUUACUAAUAUAAAUGUCUGCAUAGCUAAUGGUUUCGAAUUUUAAGUUGAGUUCCUUAAUCAGUUAGCAGUGCUAAAGUUUUUGAAUGUAAAUUGAACUUGUUUUUACAUAGGAGGGAUUAUGGAAAUAAUGAUUAAGAUCUAAAACUAAAAAUCCCAAAAGCCGCUUCAAAUGUUUGCAUUGUCCAUCAAACCUUUGUUGAUGUUUAUUGCAGAUGAAUGAGGUGCUUAGAAGGAUUUGUAGGCGCAACUUGUGCACUUGUUCUCCUCAGCCGUGGCUCUUUGUUGGGUUGGGCAAUCCUGGGGAUAAAUACAAGGGAACAAGACACAAUGUUGGCUUUGAAAUGCUUGAUGCAUUCGCAGAGUCUCAAGGGAUUCAUAUGGAGACAGUACAUUGUAAAGCUAUGUUUGGAAAAGGUUUUGUCAAUGACAUUCCAGUUCUCCUUGCAAAGCCACUAACUUAUAUGAAUUUGAGUGGUGAAUCUACUGGCCCUCUUGCAGCAUAUUACAAGCUCCCUCUCAAUCGUGUGGUUGUGUUUCAUGAUGACAUGGAUUUACCAUGUGGGGUUCUUCGUCUUCACCCCGAGGGAGGUCAUUACAGACAUAACGGGUUGAAGAGCGUGAUUUAUCAUUUUCGUGGAAAUCGAGAGUUUCCUCGGUUAAGAAUAGGUAUUGGAAGACCUCCUGGUCAGAUGGAUCCCAAAGCAUUCAAGCUUCAAAAGUUUAAUGCAACUGCAAGAGAACGAAUUGAUGCUGCAUUACGGGAAGGAGCACAUGCAUUGGAGCAAGUCUUAGCCAAAGGCUUCUCUGAAAGUUCUAGAUGCUUCAAUACAAUGCAGAAGUACAAGCACAUAAGAUUGCAGACAUUGCCAACUUGACGUCAUGCUUCAAGCCUUGCUGGCUAGGUUUGCAUCGGCACUUGUGCUUUUGGUCUGAGAAAGACUGCUAGUUAGAUCAGUCGAGGAGUGCGCAAGGUCUUCCAGACACUAUGGUGACUAACAAAUUAAAAAGAGUUGGUAUUGGCAAAAUUCGAUAACAACGACGACAACAAUAAUGGUAACUUGAGGUAGGCAGAUAGAUCAGUAUGGACUAUGGAGUAUCGCAUUGAAGAGAAAUAGGAUUUGUUUCUCUUCCCCAUCACUACAUAGGCUAACAUAUAUUGCAAAUAAAGGAUUUGAGGAACGGUUCCAAAGAGAAGCUACAUUUUGCUCAUCAGCAGUUCGUCCCUCGCUGGUAAAGGCUCCAGAAUAUAUGCCAGAGAACUUGACUUCAUAUUCAGCAUGGAUUGGUGGUGCUAUACUUG